AAAGAGAAAGUGUGAGCAGAUAAAAGGGCAACCAGGACAGGGCUUUGUACUCCGUGGAAGGAAGAAGCCAACCAGCCCAGGAGACUGAGGUGAUUGGCUGCUCGCUUCACCAUGGCAGAGAGCGCACCUGCUAUUGUAGGUUUCUUUUUCAUUCUGUGCCUUGUGGGUUCAUGUUCUAGCAGUGAAGAACUAGAUCAACGAUCAGACACAUGCGGGACCAUUUUGUUUGCAAUUGGAAAACAUUUCACUGCCAGAGCUGGGGCCCCACCCAGGUAUCGCUUGGAUAGCUAUGAUGGAAGGGCCCGGCACCUCGGGAAACUUAACAACGUCAGACUCAUUGCGUUCAGUCCUAAUGGAAGACUCUAUGCUGUCCGGGGUGCAGAACUCUACGUGGGCAAUAUGCGAUCAUGUGCAAAACAGGACUGGUUUAGAUCUGCCACCAGGAUUGGAAGAUGUGGUUGGAACAGAUUUAAAUUUAUAUUCUUCCACCCCAAUGGGGUCCUCUAUGCAGUCACCUUCAGCGGGGAGCUUUAUAGGGGCCCACCACCAACCAAUCAAUGUCAGUCCUGGAGAAGGAAAAUUGCUACAAAAAUUGGAAAUUGCGGUUGGCAGCAUUUCGAUGCUCUGUUUUUUGACCCAAGAGGCAUUCUGUACGCGGUUACCAGUGACGACCGCCUUGUCAGGAGAUCUCCACCGACAGGGGCAAAUGACAGAUGGCUUUCCUCCAGUACCACAGUCGGGAGAGGUGGUUGGCGCGUUCUCACCCACUUCAUUGGCUUCAGCCCAGAUGGAAACCUGUGGGCCGUCAAUAAGAGAAAUGGGUAUAUUUACAGAGGGAGGGCCCCACAGAAUCCAUGUGUCAGUUAUGUGGCCAAUGCCCAAUGGUUAGGCUGGAGCUAUAAUAUCUAUAGAUUACUGGCCUUCACUAGAGGUUACAUUGUACAAAAAAUCCAGAAUUUCCAGUUCUUCCCAGAAUCAGGACAAAUAACGGAGCAGAACAGGGAACUUCUGAAGAAAGAAAUCUAUGACAACCUGGAGGGCAACGAGCAACUGAACAGCACAUUCAUAUUGGAUCAGACCAUGCAAGAGAAGAGCGCAUUUCGGCUCACUACUGAAUUAGAACUUGGAGGAGACGCCAUGUUUACAGAUGGAAUCCCGUAUAUCCCAACAGGAGAGGAGAAGGUUUCCAUCAAUAAGAGCAUCCCCCAUUACUGGAACUUCACAGAUACCAAUGAAAGACAGAUUACAUUCUCCCUGCACAAAAGCUUCCAAAUAAAAGCUGGAAAAGAAUUACACGUUGUCGCCUCGGUCCAGAAAGCCACUGUAGAAGUUCCAUACCGCGCAGAAGUCAUCACCGACUGUGGCUCCAAGGCUACCAUCCAGGGCACCUGGCAAGGAGUUACCUACUAUAAUCUGAUGGUGGAUCAAGAGGAGUACGACGGAGGAACCCGCAUGUGAUUUCAUGUCUCCUGGGGUAUCAGGGGCAAAUCCCACAGGGGGUGCAACUUUCUGUCUGGUGGGAUAAUGGGUCAGUCCGGCAGAAGCUGCGCAAUGAUUUACUCUGUCGGGCGGGAGAAGAUGGUGUUUGAGCAAAUAAUGCUUAUGCUAUUCAUUCUAAGGCAAUAUACAGUUAAAUAAAUGCUUUGUUCCUCUGCAGCUGCUCUUCCAAUAAAAUGAUUUGUUUGAUCAAGA